UGGCUCUUUCAACAUUUUAGUUUUUGAUGUAUCCACUUUAUAAUGAAAUCUGCCAUCGGUAUCUGGGACCAGACAUGGACAUCAAGUCGAUUCUCCUCAGAGCUGAUGUGUGGCUGAUGAGGGUGGAUUUUGUGUUUGAAUUCCCAAGACCCACCAUGCCAAACAUUGUGUACAUCGGAGGCUUCCAGUGUAAACCAGCACGGCCUCUGGAAGCAGAGUUUGAGGAGUUUGUCCAAAGCUCAGGGAAACAUGGACUUGUUGUAAUGUCAUUGGGUUCCAUUGUUGACUCUUUACCAAUGGAGAUUACAAUGAAAAUAGCAGAAGCUUUAUCUCAAAUCCCCCAGAAGGUUAUCUGGAGAUAUGAUGGUGAGACCCCUCCCAAUAUAGGGAAUAAUACACUGCUGGCAAAAUGGAUCCCUCAGAACGACCUGCUGGGUCACCCCAACACACGAGCCUUUGUUUCACAUGGAGGCACCAAUGGCAUUUAUGAAGCCAUCUACAAUGGGGUGCCAGUGAUCGGCAUGCCUCUGAUUUUUGACCAGUUUGACAAUUUACUCAAGCUCGAAUCCCGAGGAGCAGCAAAAGUGAUCAAUGUUGCAACCAUGCACUCCACAGUUCUGUUGCAGACACUCAACGAGGUGAUAAAUGGCGCAUCUUAUGGGGACAACAUGGAGAGACUCUCCGCUCUCCAUCGGGACCAGCCAGAGUCGCCAAUGGAGAGAGCCGUUUUCUGGGUUGAGUACGUUGCCCGACACAAGGGAGCGGGGCAUUUGCGCUCAGAAUCCCACCGACUCCCCUGGUACGCUUACUAUUGUGUAGAUGUGAUGAUCUUUCUGUUGUCUAUGUUACUCAAGUUCAAGUGAGUUUAUUGUCAUGUGUCCCUGAUAGGACAAUGAAAUUCUUGCUUUGCUUCAGCACACAGAACAUAGUAGGCAUUUACUACAAACCAGAUCAGUGUGUCCAUAUAUCAUUGUAUAAAUAUAUACACACAUGAAU